AUGCGCGAAGCGCGGGAAGGCGAAAGUGCGAAAGGCGAAAAUGCGCAGAGAACUGGAAUGGUAGUGCAAGCAGUGCACAAGUACGAUGACGGACGCAUGCAUUGCAUGGAACUAACUGCCAAGUACAUGGUGGUAGAAAGAUGUGGUAGUCAGCUGUGGUGUAAAACGAACACGAAAGGCUCGGAGCCGAAUAGGGAGCGCUCUAAGUAUGCUAAAUAUGGUCUGAUAACGAAAAGGGACACACCUAGGAACUGGUUGGAUGAUGGAUGGAUGCUCCUGGAUGAUGCACGAUGGAGUGCGCUUAAGCGCGAGAAACGCGCUAAGCGCACGCGCGGGAAUGCGAAACACGAAAGCAUGAGAAAGUGUUGCGCCUAUGGCGCAUUUUGCAGGAGAGCUGUGCAUUACAUAGCAGAAGUUGCGUAUGGAGUAGGGCGACAAGUGCGAGAGAAACGCGCUAAGCGCGCGCGGGAAUGCUGCGCAUUGUGUGGGAAAGUAGCGCGCCUAUGGCGCGUUUCGCGGGAAAGCUGCGCGUUUGGAAGGGGAUCGGAUUGCCUGGGCAUGGAUUCCAUCGUGUGGAUGGGCAAGGUUGGAUUGGAAGAAGUAGAAAAGGUAGUUACCCAUAUAUUAGGCACUCCAUACUCGACAUUCGGGUUUUCGGGUCUUGAUAGUCGGGACUCGAUAUUCGAGUAUACUCCAUAG